CGUGCAGGCUUCGAUUGUAAAGUAAGUUUAAAAUAUAUUUUUUGCAAUAUAAUACAAUAUAUUCUCUGUAGCUGAAUUAAUCGCAACUUCAUGCUACAUAGUCCAGCCAGACUUUCAAUCAAUAUAUAUUAGUAGCAGUCUGUAAAUUAUACCAUUCAACAGACGUAGUUCUGCGGUAUUCGGUAGUGAUAUCGUCGGUUCACAGUUCACGUGCAUGCAAAAUAUUCGCACUUUAUUGUCGCACAAUCGAGUGUCCAUUCGCCUGCCUAAUUCACUAAUUUUAGUGUUUCGUGUCUCUCGUGACCAAAAGGCCACCAUGGAUCAACUUUCCUUAGUUUCAUCUAACAAGAUAUUUGGGGGGUACCAAAAAGUGUACUCCCAUCAGUCAUCUGAAUUAAAAUGUAAGAUGAACUUCUCUGUGUACUUGCCACCACAGGCUGAAGGUGGUGAUGUCAAGUUACCAGUUGUUUUCUACCUCUCGGGACUUACUUGCAGUGAGCAAAACUUCAUCACUAAAUCAGGCUUCCAAAGGUAUGCUGCAGACCACGGCAUAAUAGUUGUUGGCCCUGACACUUCUCCCAGAGGAGUCAAAAUUCCAGGUGAUGAUGACUCCUGGGACUUUGGUGUUGGUGCUGGAUUUUAUGUAGAUGCCUCUAAAGAGCCAUGGUCAACAAACUACAGAAUGGCUAGUUAUGUAAACAAGGAAUUGUAUGAAUUAGUUCAGCAAGCUUUUAACAAUGUGGUCGAUCCUGACAGAAUUGGCAUCAUGGGACACAGUAUGGGAGGUCAUGGAGCUUUAAUAUCAACUCUCAGAAAUCCUGGGUUAUACAAGUCAGUAAGUGCAUUUGCUCCCAUCUGCAACCCCAUUCAAGGCGCAUGGGGAAUAAAGGCCCUUGGAGGAUACUUGGGAGAUGAUAAGAGCAAGUGGGUUGAGUGGGAUGCUACAGAACUAGUCAAGAAAUACGAUGGACCUCCACUCACUUUACUCAUUGACCAGGGUUCAGUUGACCAAUUUUAUUUAGACAAGCAAUUAUUGCCAGAAAACUUGGUAGAGGCGUGUCGUUCAGCGGGUGUCCCAGUCAUACUGAAGCUGCGUGAAGGUUACGACCACUCAUACUACCACAUAGCCUCUUACAUCGGCGAACACUUCGACUUCCACGCCAAGAUACUGAAGGCCUAAUCAAAGAAACUUAUUGACCAAGUCAAUAAUGUAAAAUGCAUUUUUAAUUAAUAUCCGUUUUUAUUUUUGAAAUAAAGUUGUUAUUUACAAA